AUGAGCAAUUUGCCAAUAGAUGAGAUCGCCCUGGUUGCGACGGUAUCACCAGGUCAGCAAAGCGGCACAGAAAGUGUGCAAGUCGUCGUGCGUCAAGGAGAUUUGUGCAGCUCUCGUCGGAAGCGUCUGCUCAGCAAAUUCCGGCGAAUACCGUUCUGCUACAUUCUCGUGCUCAGCCUUGGCAGCCUUCUAUUGCUGUCGAUUCUUUCGUGCAUUAUUUAUGAAACUUACAGAAAUGGAGCACUCUCAUUUGAUCCAGAAUUGGUGGAACAUGAUUCCGCAGAUAGAGAUUACCACAGAGGAUUAGUCGAUGAAGUCAAUAACCAAGGGUCAACUUGGCAGGCCCGAUACAACCGAUAUGCGUCCCGAUCUCAAGAAAACAAUGGUGUGGAUAUGGGCGAGGUCAGCAAAUUGUUGCACAAAAAGCAGAACUUAUCAGAUGCUGAAGUACUCCAAGAUACUAAGGAACACCUCGAAGAAUUAACAAGGAAGCAAGUCAAACUACCAGAUUCAUACGAUGUAAGGCUAGAAUGGUCUCGAUGCUCCUCUGUACAUAUUGCACCAAACCAAGGCGGUUGUGGUAGUUGUUGGUCUGUCUCCGCCGCUUCAACAAUGUCCGACCGAUUAUGCAUCUCAACGAAUGGAUCUGAACAGAGUCAACUGUCAGCACAACAACUAACAUCUUGCUGCGCCAAUUGUGGAGGCUGCCAGGGUACCCACUGGGCCCACUCAUCAUUUGUAUAUUGGAAAGAAGAAGGACUAGUGUCAGGCGGUAUGUACGGCUCGAAUGAGGGUUGCCGGCCUUAUGAGAUUGCUCCAAACUGCGGCUCCCCCUGCUCUUCCUCGACAUACACCAAAAAACGGACCCCGCACUGCUCAAAGACAUGUCAACCAUUUUAUGCGAAGACUUACCAUGAGGAUGUUCACAAAUCCCGCAAAGCUUACUGGAUUUGGGCUGAGAAGGGCGGCUCGGAGGCUACACCAAUUAUUCACAAAACUAUUCACAGUAUUGUCAAAGAAUCCGGUGCCGAUAUCAUCAAAAAAGAAAUCUUCCUCCAUGGCCCGAUCCUCGCGUGUUUCACACUUUUCGAAGAUUUCCAGCACUACGAUCGAGGGAUCUACAAAAGCAAAUCGGUAAAAGACCCGAAAGAACUCUACGGCCAUUGCGCCAAAUUGAUCGGCUGGGGUGUCGAAAACGGGACGAAAUACUGGACGUACAUGAACACAUGGGGCCGUGACUGGGGAGAAUACGGAUUCUUCCGCAUCGACCAAAGUGAAAUUCCCGAGGAAGCCGUCGCAGGCUUACCA